UGAGAAGAGAACACGACUCCCACUCCCUUGGAAGUAGCAAAGUAUGAGUGCUCUUCUUCCUUCUUCAAACGUCUCCAUUGGAGCUUUUCUCGUUGCCUUGAGCGUUCUCCUAGCGCUCCCAGAGAUUUCGGCAGGCAUUACGAGGCACUAUAAGUUUAAUAUAAGGCUGCAAAAUGUGACACGACUUUGUCACACCAAGAGCAUGGUGACGGUGAACGGUCAGUUUCCAGGGCCUCCGAUCGUAGUCAGAGAAGAUGAUCAGGUUGUUGUGAAGGUGGUCAACCAUGUGCAGAACAAUAUCACUAUACAUUGGCAUGGCAUUCGGCAGCUUCGAAGUGGUUGGGCUGAUGGCCCAGCAUACAUAACCCAGUGCCCAAUCCAAACAGGCCAGAGCUAUGUCUACAACUUCACAAUAGUUGGCCAGAGAGGAACACUAUGGUGGCACGCCCACCACUCUUGGCUCAGGGCCACAGUCUAUGGACCCUUCAUCAUCCUCCCGAAGCGCGGCGUCCCGUACCCAUUUCCCGAACCCUAUAAAGAAGUCCCCAUUCUCUUUGGGGAGUGGUUCAACGAAGACCCUGAGGCUGUCAUUGCCCAGGCUCUUCAGACUGGUGGAGGCCCAAAUGUCUCUGAAGCUUAUACAAUAAAUGGGUUACCUGGUCCCCUGUACAAUUGUUCAGCCCAAGAUACUUUCAAGCUUAAAGUGAAGCCUGGAAAGACGUACCUCCUCCGGCUGAUCAAUGCUGCACUCAACGACGACCUCUUCUUCAGCAUUGCCAACCAUUCCAUGACCGUCGUGGAGACCGACGCCAGCUACGCGAAGCCCUUUGAAACGGACACCAUCCUCAUGGGGCCAGGCGAAACCACCAAUGUUCUCCUCCGCACCAAGCCCACCUCCCCAAAUGCCACCUUCUUCAUGGCUGCGAGGCCCUACAAUACCGGUCUCGGCACCAUCGACAACACCACCGUCGCUGGCCUCCUCGAGUACACCUCCACUUCUCCCACCUCCAUGAAAAACCUCCCUCUCCUCAAACCAACCCUCCCAGCUAUCAAUGACACGGCCGCUGCUGCAAACUUUAGCACCAAAUUGCGUAGCCUGGCGACCUUGCAGUUCCCGGCCAAUGUGCCCCAAACCGUGGACCGGCGUUUCUACUUCACCGUCGGGCUCGGCACGAGGCCGUGCCCCAAGAACCAGACAUGCCAGGGGCCCAAUGGGACCAAGUUCGCCGCAUCGGUCAACAACGUGUCGUUUGCUCUCCCAUCCAUGGCUCUCCUCCAGGCCCAUUAUCUGGGGCAGUCCAACGGGGUCUACACGACCGACUUCCCCAACAACCCUCCAUUCCCAUUCAACUACACUGGGGGUCCACCGAACGACACCUUUGUGAUCAACGGGACCAAGGUGGUGGUGCUGCUUUUCAACACAAAUGUGGAGCUUGUCAUGCAGGGCACCAGCAUCCAAGGUGCGGAAAGCCACCCAUUGCACCUCCAUGGCCACAACUUCUACAUCGUUGGCCAAGGCUUUGGUAACUACGACCCAGUCAACGAUCCAGCCAAGUUCAAUCUUGUGGACCCGGUCGAAAGGAACACUGCAGGAGUGCCGUCCGGCGGAUGGGUUGCCAUCCGAUUCCGGACUGAUAACCCAGGUGUGUGGUUCAUGCACUGCCACUUCGACGUGCACCUGAGCUGGGGACUGACAAUGGCGUGGGUGGUCAAUGACGGUGCGCUCCCUGGACAGAAGCUGCCACCUCCACCGUCCGAUCUUCCAAAAUGCUGAUAUUGACUGCCAGAUCCGGUCAAUUUUUUGGGGUUUCGCUGGAGUUCCUUUAAAUGGUUUUGGGUGUGUUCUUUUUGUUGAAGUCCUGAUAAAUAACAUCUUGCUAGACCGCAACGUGGCAAGUCUUGCAGGUGCCAUGUUGAUGUUUGCUGUGGUUUUGGUUUCUUUGUGUGUGUUUU